AACCGAUAUCGCGAUGAUGUUUUGGCGGGAUGUAUUUAACAUAUAUUCAUGGAAAGCUUGGUCAUUCCGCGGAUCCAAAGGAUCCGUGAUAAUGAUGAAAUAUGAAACAAUCCUUGGACAAUUAAAAUGAUUAAAGUAAUAAUAAUAAUAACAAUAUAAUCAUUAUAGUAUCUAUCAUUUCUACAAACAUGAACAAUAAGAAAAGCCAAUAUGGCGACCAAUUUGAAGAUGUCAACAGAAUACAGUAGGAGUGUUUUAAGAAUGGUGGUUGCUCAAAUAUGUCAAAUAAUUGGAUGGCAUUCAAUUAAUUCUACACCGUUAGAAUUUAUGGUUGAUCUUAUGCAAGAAUAUAUUUUGCGAAUUUCAAAACUCACUCAUCAAUAUGCAGAAAUUUUGGGAAGGACAGAAGCAAAUCUUGAUGACUUAGGUUUAGCAUUUCAAAAUAUGAAUAUUGAUAUACAAGAAUUAACAGAAUAUAUUAAAAAUGUAGAUUCUGUUCCAUGUCCUAUAGCAGUACCUAAAUUUCCAAUUCAACGUGAAAAUCAUUUGAAUUUUUUAAAACCUGGAAGUCGAGAAGUUGUAACAAGACCUGUACACAUACAUGAACAUUUACCAGCUAUGUUUCCUGAUACAGAAGAGGAAUAUAUAGCAGAGAAAGCAGAAAAUAUAAUGAAUGGAUCAUCUGAUUUAACAUUGAGUAAUGGAACUUCAAGCAAUAGUUCUAUUAAUAUAUCUCCUCAUAGAAUGUCACCACAAGUAGUUUUUAAACGACCAGGAGAUCCUGUUUCACUUGAAAGUCCUAUAGUAAAGCGUGUAAAAGUAUUGGAAGAGGGUAGACCAUUACGUGAAAUUCAUAGUGUCAUGAUGACUACUUCAGGUUUUUUAUCACCUGCUCGAGAAGGAAAACUACCUGAAGCAAGGACACCACAUCAAACUCGUUCAGAUUCACCACAACCUAGUUCUUAUCCUAUGGUACCUCCAGAAUUAAAAUACGACAAAAAACCGAAAAAAAUUAUAAAGAAAGGAUUAGAAGAUUGUAAACUUGAUAAAGAAAACAAGAAAAAAAAUCGUGCUAAAGAAUUAUUUAAACCAGAUAAAACAGAUGAUAAUAAAAUUAAAAAGUUAGCUGGUAUGAAGGAAUUAGCAAAAUUAAAGCCUUUAAAAUCAAUAGGUGGAAAAUUACAAAGUACCAUGCCUAGUUCAUCAAGUAGACCAUCUACUCCUAAAUUAAUAUCACCUAAAACAGUUGGUAGUCCAAAAUUACAGAAAACUAUACAACCAAAAACAAAACCAGAAAAAAUAAUUGAUCUUACUGGUAGAUCUCCACCAUCUAAUGAAAGAAAAGAAGACAAUAUUGAUAAACUUCCAUCUGAACCAGAUAAACAAAAGUUGAAUAUUUUUAAAAAGAUUUCAAAACCACGAGAGGAUAAAGAUAAAGAUAUAUCGGAACAACAUAAAUAUAAAGAACUUGAUUCAAGAGAAAGUUCACCUGCUUUAGUGAUUGAUGAAAAUAUCGACAAACAAACGCUCCGUAAUGACAUUGAUGUAAAACGAGAAGAUAAAAAGACUCCACAUACGCCAGAUGUCCAUCUUCAACCAGAUGGAGGAGAAUUAAUUGAUUUACAAAGUCCAGGAUCAGAUGUUUAUAUGUUUGAUGAUAUGUCACCACCAGGUACUCCUAGCACUCCAAGAACUCCAGAAUUAAACAUGCCCACGACACCUACAGAUCAUAAAAAAAAGAGGAAGGAAAAAUUGAAUAAAAAACGGGAAAUAAAAUCAAGAAGUCCAAAACAUUAUAUUAGUCCAAAAAAGAAGAAGACGUCGAAAGACAUCGCCGAUAUGCGAUUACCGUUUUUUCAGACAAAAAGUAUCAACGAUGUACCAGAACAGGAUAUACUAGAUCGACCAAAAACUCCACAGGCACCUGAACCUCAGAUUUCCAAAGAACCAAGUUUUCCACCAACACUCCCAUUUCCCUUUUUUCCAACAUUUCCUCCAGCACCUGGUUUAAUACCUCAUCCUAUGUUUCCUAGAUUUCCAUUACCUAUAGGAAGAGGUAGUAGUGGCCCUCAUCCAACAAUGUCAAAUUUACCAUUACCACCUCGUUUUAUAAAUUUACCACCAAAAUCUGAAGAUUUCUCUACUUUACCAAAAUCUAAAUCUGUCGAUCGGGAUAAACUUCCUUCAAUACCCACUUCUACUGAAGCAACGCUUUCAAUGACAAAACAUGAAAAAACGGAGAAAGAAAAAGGAGAUAAACCAAAGGCGAUUAAGCAGGACAAAGAGAUACCUUCGCCAGUUCCUACGAGUACCGUUGCACCGCCUUUAUCAUCUGCACUUGCAGCACCAAUUACGUAUCCUAAACCAGUACCUAUUGUGCCGUUAUUAUCUUCAAAAACUCCUAAAGUUGAAAAACAGGAUAAAUGUGAUAAGAAAUCAAAGGAACAUAAAAAAGAAAAGAAAGAUAAAUUAAAAAAGAAAAAAGAUAAAAAAGAAAAACACAAAGAAAAAGGAGAUAAAAUAAAAGAAAAAAAGGAUAAAAUAGAUAAAAAAGAAAAAAUAGAUAAAAUUAAAGAAAAAAGAGAAAAAAAAGAUAAACGAAAAGAAAAAGAGAAAGAAGAUAAAAAUUUUGAAGCUGUACCAAAAAUCACGUUAAAAUUAGGUACAGCAUCUCCGAGACCACCAACACCAGAUACUGCUCCAAUGAAAAAAAUGGAAAUGUGUUAUAGAACUAUAAAAACAUUGCUGAAGAAGCCUGAGGAUGAGACAAAACGAGAACCAAGCCCAGAAUUGGCCAAAAUAUCAGCAUUAGUCACGCGACCACCAAAGCAAAAGUCGGCAAGUAAGAAAACAGAGGAGGGAACGUUAGAUGGAAGCCCUGCUCUUCCUACAGAUACUUUCUCUGCCAAUCUUACUAGUGUGCCACUUGCAACAGUUCCUCGAGCAAAGAAAUCUCUCUUCAAAGCCUUACCUCAAAGAGAGACUCCUUCAUCUCAAUUUGAUCCUACUCCUAAGCUCCCAACUCCUCUGAUGCAACAACAACCACCGUAUUAUUUUAGACGAAAGCAGAUGCAGCUCUUAAAAAGGAUGAUGCUAAGGAAGACAAAGAAAAUGGCAGGAUUGCGCUGCCCCCAACAUCAACCACUACUGUGGAUCAAGGUGGUCAUCAAGUUUGGAUAUGUCCUGCAUGUGGUAAUCAAGAUGAUGGAUCACCUAUGGUUGGUUGUGAUGAUUGCGAUGCAUGGUAUCAUUGGGUAUGUGUUGGGAUGCAAGUACCACCAGCUGAUAACGAAGAUUGGUAUUGUCGUUAUUGUAUAGCCAAAAAACAAGAACUUCAUCAUGAUAAAAAGAAGAAAAAAAGGAAGAAAAAGGUGAAAGUUACUGCCUAGUACAAGCUACCCGGAUCUUGUGUAAGAUCCGGUAUAGCAAUUCAAACUACUACCAAAGUUAAAAAAGACAGUAAGCUUGGUGUAAAAAGUAUGAAAAACAAGAAAUUAUCAAAAGCAGAAAUGAAGUUACAAAUGAAAUCAUUAAAGGAAAAAUCUUUACCAAUCAAGGGAAAGGCUGGAAAGACUAUCAUGAAAGUUAAGACUGUAAA